AGAUAAGACGUGUACAAAAAGUCAGAGCGCCGACAUGUAUUAUUUCUGAAAUCGCGUCUCAGUCGUCCCCGUUCUUCUUAGCCGUGAACACGUAUAAGCACGUGCUCGCGCGAUUUUCCAAAUUUCACCAAAAUAUUCCGGUUACGUCACUAUGUACCGUGUGUGAUGAGAUAAGCAUCAGUUUUCCGUUGUGCAGUGAUAAGGUGGUGAAAAGAGAUAACGCGAAUAAUCGCUUUUCGCGAAAGUAUGCCGCCGAGAGGAAAGAGGAAACCGAAGAAGCCCAAGUCCAAGCCUGAAUAUGAGUUAUUUUGGCAGUGUGUCAGACCUUGCGUGGUGGGUGAUUACAUCAGACACCCCGUCGUCUACGAGCUGUCGCACAAGUAUGGAGUGGCUGGCAGUGACCAGGUGCCCUUGCCGGCUCGUCUCGACGAGCUCCGGGAGCACAUACGUCGCGAGAUACGCAAGGAGCUGAAAAUCAAAGCUGGCGCGGAGAAGCUUCGCGAGGUAGCGACGGACCGAAAGGCCCUGUCGGACGUAGCGAUGAUCGUGAAGAAAGCUAACAGCAAAUUGAACGAGCUUCAAGCCGAGCUUCAGCAGCUCGAGAGCCAGAUCAUCCUGACGCAAGGCCAGCCUCAGUCGCCCCAGCAAAACCACUCCAAUGGUCAAGACACACCCAUGUCGCCGACGGGUCCGUCCUCGCCGAGUCAGGAGGGUCUCUUCACGGACCUUCGGCUGCUCUCCUUGGAAAAGCAGCUCAAUAUCGAAACAAAGGUGAAGCAGGGCGCGGAGAACAUGAUCCAGAGCCUGACGAGCGGCCACCGGGACAAGAAGCUGCUGCAGGAGGCGCAGCAAAUGCUGGACGACUCGCGCGCGAAAAUCGAGUUCCUGCGCAUGCGCAUAAUGAAGCUGAACCAGGCGCGCGAGCAGCAGCACGCGAGAGGCGACGGGCCGGCACCUAAUGGCGAUGCCACCGGUAACAAAGUCAGAUACGAGCCGAACCUGGAGCUCGCGCUGGAGGAGAGGGUCGAGGAGCUGCGUCACAGGCUCAGGAUCGAGGCGGCCGUAGUCGAGGGCGCCAAGAACGUCAUCCGUCUUCUUCAGAGUUCCAAAGUCGCCGACAAAAAGGCUCUGGCCGAGGCCCAAGCAAGCUUAGCAGAGUCGAGUAGAAAGCUGGACCUGUUGCGUCUGUCGCUGGAGCUGCGCCGUCAGGAAUUGCCCGCAGAUAGCGCGACAGCUGCCCAACUGAAACGCGAGCUGGCGAGCGUCCAGUCCGCUAGCCCGAUUCCUGUGACCUACACGUCGCUUCAGCCGUUCAGAGGACCACUCGAGGGCAGGACCACCGUUCCCGCGUCCGUCUCGAGAUGUGCCGCCGUCACUGGACAAUUAGAGGUUAGAUUAAUGGGAUGCCAAGACUUAGCUGAAGAAAUACCAGGACGCACGAGACGGGAGCAUCCGGCUAGUCCGGAUCUACGAAGUUUUGUGAAGGGUGUUACCGGUCGCAGUUCUAGCAAAUCCUAUAGUGUUAAAGAUGAAACGAGUAAUGAUAUAAUGGCGGUGAUAAAGCUGGACAACGUGACGGUAGCACAGACGAGCUGGCGGCCAUGCUCGCAGCAAGCCUGGGACCAGAGGUUCUCGAUCGAACUAGACAAAUCUCGCGAGCUCGAGAUCGGCAUCUACUGGAAGGACUGGCGCUCGCUCUGCGCUGUCAAGUUCCUACGAUUAGAGGAAUUCAUCGACGACGUAAGACACGGCAUGGCUCUGCAGCUUGAGCCUCAGGGCCUACUCUUCGCCGAGAUCAAGUUCCUCAACCCUAUGAUCUCAAGGAAGCCUAAGCUUCAGAGGCAACGAAAGAUUUUCAAGCAGCAGGUCAAGAACUUCCCUCGGGCCAAUCAAAUGAACAUUAAUGUAGCGACGUGGGGAAGGCUUCUCAAGAGGUCCGCGCCCUCGAUGAACAACAAUAGCCGGAGCUCGGAGAGUCCGCCCUCGGCCUAUAAACAUUCGUUCCCUGCUCCAGGUCCGCAACCGACUCAGCUGUCCUUCGACACCUCGGUGGAGGACAAACCGGAAACACCGGGAGAGUUACCAGACCCGGAAAAGGGCGGCCUCGGUGGCCAGCGGCCUCUCGGCAUGUCACACUCCUCCUCGACUCAUGAGAGUCUCGGCAGUUUGCCCACCUCGUCGUCCUCCUCGUCAUUACCUCAUCCACCCGAUCAUCCACCACCUCCACCGCCCGUCGCUAAGAAGCCUAUGAUGCCCGCACCGCCACCACCCGUCAAGAUCGACCAAGAGUUGCAGAGCGCGUUACGGGAGUUUGACUUCCUUCUCAAGGAAGAGAAAUCGGGGCACCAAGGGGCGAGUUUGAGGCCCCUCGUCACGGAGCCCAGGCCCGUACUGAUCGCGCCACCUUCUCCACGCACCCCCUCGCCUCAGCCUGUCGUCGAGUUCCCCGAGGACGAGGUUCUCGUUGCCAGCGCCUCACUGCAGUUCAACUAUGUCGCCUACGAGGUGCCAGUACCGGCGAGGCCACUUCAAUACCGCGACAGCGCGUACGAGUCGCGCCGCCAGUCGCAGCUCACCGGCAUGAGUCUCGAGAACUUUAGGCUGCUGUCCGUCCUCGGAAGAGGUCACUUCGGCAAGGUCAUAUUAUCGCAGUAUCGAAACACCGGAGAAUACUUCGCCAUCAAGGCACUGAAGAAGGGGGAUAUCAUUGCCAGGGACGAGGUCGAGUCUCUGCUGUCGGAGAAGAGGAUCUUCGAGGUGGCCAAUGCGACGAGGCAUCCGUUCUUGGUCAAUCUCUUCGCUUGCUUCCAGACUGAUGCACACGUAUGCUUUGUUAUGGAGUACGCUGCGGGUGGUGAUCUCAUGAUGCACAUUCACGCCGACGUUUUCGGAGAGCCGCGGGCUGUAUUCUACUCGGCUUGCGUCGUACUAGGCUUACAGUAUCUUCACGAAAGUCGUAUUAUCUACAGAGACUUGAAGCUAGACAACUUGCUAUUGGACACGGAGGGCUACGUGAAGAUCGCUGACUUCGGCUUAUGCAAAGAAGGCAUGGGCUUUGGAGAUCGAACGGGUACCUUCUGUGGUACUCCAGAGUUCCUUGCGCCGGAGGUUCUCACGGAGACGUCGUAUACACGCGCCGUCGACUGGUGGGGACUUGGAGUACUUAUUUUUGAAAUGCUUGUUGGUGAAUCCCCCUUCCCUGGCGAUGAUGAGGAGGAGGUCUUCGACUCGAUAGUAAACGACGAAGUUCGCUACCCACGCUUUCUGUCACUCGAAGCCAUUGCCAUAAUGAGACGACUUCUGAGAAAGAAUCCUGAUCGACGAUUGGGUAGCAGUGAACGCGAUGCAGAGGACGUGAAGAAGCAAGCGUUCUUUAGGCACAUAGCUUGGGAUGACUUACUUCUCAGGCGCGUGAAGCCACCGUUUGUUCCGGUCAUUCAUUCGGUAGAAGACGUGAGUAACUUUGACGAGGAAUUCACAUCCGAGAAGCCUCAGCUUACCCCACCGAAGGAUCCCCGACCUCUCAGCGACUUGGAACAGGCUUUGUUCAGGGACUUUACAUACAUGGCUGACUGGUGCUAACCAUUACUGAAAUAAUAGGGUUUUCUAAUAAACAAUUUGAAUCUGAAGAGAAGACCCAAAUAAGUGCAACUAUUUGCGAUAAAUAUUCAUCAUCUACGAGUGAUUUGAGUUCAAAACAGAAGGGGUCCUACUUUAUCACCUAUUGCACGGUCCAUCAAUUAUUUGUAUAGUUUUUAUAUUUUAAUUACAUGUUACAGUUAGACAUUUUACAUUUCAUACACCGCCCUGUGUUUAAAAUAAAAAUGUAUAAACAAAAGUAAAAAGCAAAUGAGAUAAAAGGAACACGAUUAUGAUGAGAAUCGCCGCCAUGACAAGGCAAAUAUCGACGAAGGAGCGUCGUUAAAACUCACGUUUUUAAUCUUGCACAAUGCAUGAAUUUAGUAAAUAAUAAUCAUAAUGAUAAUAAUAAUGAUGAUGAUGAUUACAAUACAACGUACUAGUUGUCGACUGUAAAAUAUUGUGUUGAUCAGGAUCAAAUUUAUAUGUAUAAAAUACUUUCGACUCAAGAACAAUUUUUUUCUAUUCUGUGUACAGCCAAGAGAAUAAGAAUCGAACGAUAAAAUAUCAACGAUCGUCAAAAAAACCGUACGGAGAUUAAAUGAGAAGUUUAGAAGACCAUUUUUUGGAGAUUAAAACGAAAUUGUGUGAGAGAUAGUCAUUUCUCAUAAUGCAGCUUCGAAUAUGUAAAAAAUAAGUAUUGUAUUUGUUAAAAUCGAAAUUUUAUUAUUUUUUAUGAAAAAAUGUUUUUAACAUAUGCAACCUAUGAUUUAAGCUCUAUAAAGCAGCACGAAAAAAAUUAUUCACAUAGAAUCAAUCUGAAAAUCAAAGGCAGCACAUUAAUGUUUUUCGCAAAAUGAUCGACAUUUGUGCAUUCGUGUUUUUGUGAUAAUUGUUUAAUCAAGUGUCGAGUUAGAAGAUUAGAAUAUAGUUAUUGUUAUUUGUAGGAUGUAAUUAUUAUAAUGUGCUUUAAUUAAUAUUAACGACUCUCUUGCGUUUUUGAUUAUUUAUAGAUUCUUAAAUUCAUACAAUUAUACAACUUUACCGAUUGUCCAUAAUUACUAAACCUUAUUCACUAUGUAUAACUUUUUUUAAGAAAAGGAAAGCUAAUUGUGUUUUUCAUACAUACACAGUUGUUUUUGUCUUGUGUUUAUAAAAAAAAUUGUAUAUAAAUAUAAUCAUAGAAUACUUUUUGUUGUGACAAAAAAUUUUAUUUGACAUAUCACGUUCGUCAGAUAUAAACAAGCUUGAAUGUAUAACUAAAAUAAUAUGUGAGCAGCUUGGAACCCUAGGGGUCCAAUUUCAGUUCUGUAAAAUGAAUACUAUAUAAAGAAAACAAUCAUAAUACACGGAAGAACCGUAAUACCUUGUGAUAGUCUCGAGCGAAUCUCGAAACUCUAAUUGCCUUAACGCUGUAGUAAAUCAUCAAUACAAUUUGAUAUAUAUUUUACAACAAUUUUAAAUAAAUAUUGUAGUCAAUGUUCGUUUUGAAUAGUGAAUCGAACCAUUAGCAAGAAACUGAUUUUUAGAAAUUUUAAUCAACCGUAGUUAUCAACUUUAAUAUUGCACGUAAUACAUUGUUAUAUAAUAAGCCUUUUCUAUUUAACCUGUUAAUCAUUAAAAUAAUUUAUUUUAUAUAUCUACAUUUUUUGUAAAAAAGCAAGUGGAGUUGAGUCAUUCAUUUUGCUCCUGUGCUCCCAUUUGUAAAUUUUACUGUAUGAAAUAAAAUAACGCGUUUAUUAAAUUUUUUUUCAUAAACCGCUUGAAGUUCGUGGUUUUAUAUAAAUUAACAUUCAUACAUGAAAACCGUGCCUAUUUUAUAGUGGUAUAUUUUCGAAAUUUUAAUUCAUUGUCGAUGAAAAACAAAAAAAAAAAUUUUUUAUUAUAAAACUGCCAAAGCAUUUUUACUUGCCAUUUUUGUUCUUGUGAAACGAAUAUUUGAUGAAUUUUUUUUGGAUAGAAUUUAGUUUAUGAAGAGAUUAAUAGAAUAUGAGCUUAUAUAUAUUGUAUUUUCUUUUAUAAAUUUAAAAAAUCAAGAGAAACAAGAGAAUUGAGAGAGAUUAAAUAAUUGAUUAAUAAAAAAUGUAUAUACAAUAUACAUAAUAGGCAAUAAAUAGAUAUAGCAUAUUUUUUUAAGUUGUAUAAAUUAGGCUCUUUUUAUCAAAAAUACAACUUGCUUACUGAUUUUCGCGGAAUAGGUUUCUGUCGUUUUAAUAAUGCAUUUCAAAAAUUAUAAUGUUUUUUUUUAGUUGUACAAACAUUUGUAAAAUACUGAUGAUUUAUACUACAAAUAAAAUGUACGUGCCUCAAACUUACACGUUACGACAACUACAUAAAAAUCAGCACUACAUAAGUGGUAUUUUUUUUUUAAGUAAUAAUUUAUUUGAUACAUGUUAUUUCAAUGGCAGCUUACUAUCUCGAGUAAUUACAAAACCUUAUAGUUAUAAUUGUGCAGGAUUCUGAUCUUAUAUUAUACAAUGCAAAAAAAUACUUCAAACAAUAAAUACAUAAACAUGUA